AUGUCCUACAACCAGCAGUAUCCUCCGCCCCAGGGCCAGCAGCAGCCGCCGCCGCCGCGCGCAUUCUCUCCGCAAAAUUACCAGCACUCACCAACGGCCCUUUCCCCGACCAUGGGCAGCGGCAUUCCUCCCAACAAGCGACAGCGCCUGUCGCCUAACCCGCCGUCGCCAGCACCGUACCAGUCGCCCUUCGGCAUGCCUGGCGCGCCGGCAUAUCCCUCGUCGCCAUACGCCAAUUCCCCUCAGACACCCGGCUAUCUAUCGCUGCCAACAUCCCCCGCCGCGAUGCAGCCCCCGCCUUUCCACCAGCCGCAGCCCUACCAGCAACCAAAUACGCACUCGCCCGCGCCACAGAGUUCUAUGCCGCCGCCAAAGGUUCCGUACAGCAAGGCCACUGACAACUCGGAGUUGGAAAAGGCGAAUGCGCGCGAUUUGGACGUUAAUAACAUCAGCGAUGUGCUCACCGGAUCGGGUAUCGACUUGCGCGCCGAGGAGGACAAUCUGCUGCAGAACUAUCGGAGCUUCACCUCACAAGGCUCUGCAUCUACAGUAUCACCGCACGGAAGUUUUAACAACUGGAACCAGCAAGGCCAUGGCGCAUACCAGGGAACCGGUCCGCUCAGCCAGGAAAUGACCAAGGAGCAGCAGCAAGCCGAGUUUAUCAGGAAGCACGAACAGGCCGCUCGGAUCCUGAAUGAGUCGGCUCAACACCCCUUGAAUGACCCAUUCCUGUCGGCAAGUGUGCUCCGGCACCGCAUCGCAAAACGUGGAUACGAGCACGGAAUUCAGAUCAACGUGGAUGGUCUGUUCGACAAGAUCCCUGACAAGGGCCAGCAAGAGAUUACGCGCAGUACCCAGACCGGCGCAAACGGCGAGCAAAUCAUCGGUCUGGAAGCUGCCAGUCUGCUCAACCAGAAUGCUCCGCUUGUGGAGAUUCUGACAUUAAUAACUCUUGCUGCCGAGGAGCGUGUACGGACUCUUGUCGAAGAUUCCUUUGCUCUGUGUCAAGGUCGCCAGAACACCUCCGAUGGCGUCAUCCCCCCUCAGAUGGUUGAUAUCGCCGUUAUAGAUGAGAAUGCUCAAGAAAAGAUGAUUCGGCCUGUUAAUAUCUUGAAGACACCAUGGGAAGCACCGGAUAGUGCUGUCAGCCCCACAGCGACAGCAAACAAGGCACGUCUACCUACACCACCAAGCGAAGCGCCGCCUACCCCCCAGCGGACAUUUCAAAAUGUCAACCGCGUCGCUAAUGCACUUACCAAGCGCGUUCAAGACGACUACAAAUGGGAACAAGAACGCCUUCGCAAGCGAGCCAAGCGACAAGCGGGUGUUUCCAGUACAUCAGCAGAUGCGCCAGCGAUACCAAUACCGCUCCCGGAGCCAGUUACAAAGAAAGCCUUGGCAGCUGCGAAGAAGCAGAGCCAGUCAGACGUCGUUGUAUUCGGCAAAGCCAACGAAACAGCCAGCAUGGCCCUCGGCGGAAAAAAGAAGAAGUAUUCAUGGAUGACUGGUGGAGGCGGAGGCGGAGGUGGAGGCGGUGGAAGCGCAUCUGGCGCCUCAACACCACGGCCUGUGGCAGCAUCUGGCGGCAGCGGCACGGCAACACCGGCCGUCCAAGCGCCCGAGAAGGCCCUUAUCGGCCGCAAACGCAAGUUCGGCGAGGCCAUUGAGCAGACAGAGACGGGCGCUGGCAUCCAACUUCGCGAUCUCAUUCACGUGCUCGAGAAUGAUGGCCGCGAAAAGAAGACGCUUACGCUCAUCUUGGCACGCAUGAAGAACACGGACAAGGAUAUCAAGACGGAGGUUAAUAGGAACAUGCCCCCCAUCUCCACUAAUGUACCUGGACGGGUAUGAAGAAAUUCAAGAAAGAUUAUUUUCUCCCGAUUUUUUGGGGAUCUUUUCGUUAUUCGUUUGCAUUCAUCAGCGAUGGCGUUCUCACAUCCGGGUUGGGGUGGGAGGUUCAAAUCGUGGAAGCUGACAAGGAGCAAAAAAAGAAGUGUUUUUGAGUGCACGUAUAUGUGCCUUUUUGUCAUUUUUCUCUUUUCUUAUUUUGCACUAUCCCAAGAGCUGGGAUAAAACUUUUUUUUUCUUCUCAAAUGGAUUGCGGAAAGGGUUCCAUUAAGCUACCUUUUUCUGUUCUUUUGAACGGCUAUGUACCCUUUUAAACAAUGAAAGAAAUGGUAUAAAUGUCUU